UGGACGACAGUGAAGGCGAGCAAAUCUGUUGUGGACUUCCACAUUUACAACAACACAAACGUCUGCAGGAGAAAUGAAGCCAAUUUUUCAUCCCAUGUUACAUAAGGAACUAUGUAAAAACCUAAGAGAACCAACAACUUCUGUUUCAGUUUUUUCUGAUGGGACUUUUUUGCCAGAUUGUUAACUAAACCAUCGGGAUUUUUCUCCUUGUCAUUUUUUCUUUUAAUUAUUUUUUGGAAACCGGCAAAAGAUGACAGCUGCACCUCAGCUCUCUGUAACCAUGAUGGAGUGCAUUCAGGGUCAAAAGCUCAAAAAGCUACAAGCACCUCCGUCUCCUGUCUGAAGCCAACAUGAGGAAACUCUUUUCAACUAAACAGAUCCAAGUUAACUUGCACAUCGUCUCUCAUUUAAUGAAGCUAUUCUCAGAAAUUUGAAGGACUAAGGAAAUUUUACAGAUUGUCGAGAGAGGGGAUGGAGGGCAGGAGACUUGUUAUCAGGACCUAUUUGAGGAUUCUGGGAGCUUUCUGCUUGUGGAUUACAGCUGAUGCUCAAAUGAAGAUCCCACCAGAGACGGUUCAGCAGUGGGCAUCAGAGUUCUCUGUUCAGCUUCGGGACCUAACGGUCAAGUAUUCUGGCUCUCUGCUGCUACAAAAGAAACUGAAAGAUGUGGAGUCUAUUGUCAAGAUUGUGGAGCUGAAUGGAAACCAUCUGGUGAGGGAGUAUGCAGAUGAAAUCGAGCGCAUGUUGGGAAGCAAGAUGAAGUCUGUGAAGAGGUUAGCAGAGUCUGCAGAGGAUUCUGACCUAUACCAUGAAUACAAUGCUACAAUGGAGUUUGAUUACUACAACUCCAUGCUGAUCAACACUGUGGAUGAAGAUGGGAAUAAUGUGGAGCUGGGAGGAGAGUUUCCCCUGGAGGAGAACGAACAUUUCAACAACUUGCCAGUGAACACUCUGCAGAGCGACAUCCAGGUGCCCACCAAUGUUUACAAUAAAGAUCCAAACAUUCUCAACUCCAUCUACAACACAGAGGCCUUAAAUGAUGUCUUCAUUAGUAACUUCCAAAAAGACCCCACACUCACCUGGCAGUACUUUGGCAGUUCCUAUGGUUUCUUCCGGAUCUAUCCUGGCAUUAAAUGGACUCCAGACUCCAAUGGAGUGGUAGCUUUUGACUGCAGGAACAGGAAUUGGUACAUCCAGGCAGCCACAUCCCCAAAGGACAUCAUCAUCAUGGUAGACAUCAGUGGCAGCAUGAAGGGCUUGAAAAUGACAAUCGCCAAGCACACCAUCAACACCAUCCUGGACACACUGGGGGAGAACGACUUUGUCAAUGUCAUCGCUUACACCGACUAUGUUCGCUACGUGGAGCCAUGCUUCAAAGGAACGCUAGUGCAGGCUGACCUAGACAACAGGGAGCACUUUAAGCUGCUGGUGGAGGAUCUGCAUGUUAAAGGAGAGGCAAAAAUCAAGAAUGCCAUGAAGGAGUCCUUCAAGAUCCUGAACGAGGCGAGGGUGAACGGUCAGGGCAGCAUGUGUAACCAGGCCAUCAUGCUGAUCACAGACGGAGCCAUGGAGGACUUUGAGUCUGUCUUUGAGGAGUUUAACUGGCCUGAGCGCAGAGUGCGAGUCUUCACCUACCUGAUUGGCAGGGAGAUGACCUUUGCCCAAAACACCAAAUGGAUUGCUUGUAACAACAAGGGUUUUUACACUCACAUCUCAACACUUGCGGACGUUCAGGAGAACGUCAUGGAGUACCUGCAUGUUCUCAGUCGGCCAAUGGUCAUCAACCAUGACCACGACAUCAUCUGGACUGAGGCCUACAUGGACUCUGUGCUUCCCAACACAAAUGAGCUCUUCAACAGCAAGGCUCAGAGUCUGCUGCUGAUGACAUCAGUGGCCAUGCCAGUCUUCAGCAGGAAGAAGGAGACGCUGUCUCAUGGGAUUCUGCUUGGCGUAGUUGGAACUGACAUCCCAUUGAUGGAAGUGAUGAAGCUGGCACCCAGAUACAUGCUGGGAGCUCAUGGCUACGCCUUCCUCAUCAACAACAAUGGUUACAUCCUGGCGCAUCCAGACCUUCGACCUCUAUAUAAAGAUGGAAAGAAACUGAAGCCUAAACCGAACUACAACAGUGUGGAUCUGUCGGAGGUGGAGUGGGAGGACACAGAGGAGAAGCUGAGGACUGCCAUGGUGAAAGGAGAGACAGGCAGCAGCACGCUGAGCAUCAGAGCUUCUACUGACAAAGGGAAAAGACCGCUGUACCUAGUCAACAACUAUUUCUACACAGACAUUGAUGAGACACCUUUCAGCUUUGGCAUGGUGCUGACAAGAGGCCAUGGCAGCGUGAUAUUCAUGGGGAACGUCUCUGUGGAAGAAGGGUUGCAUGAUCUGACGUCCCCAGACUUGAGCAUUGCCUCUGAGUGGACUUACUGCGAGACAGAUAUCGACCCUGAUCACCGGAAAUAUACCCAGUUUCAGGCCGUGGUGCGCUACCUGCAGGGGAAGGAGCCCGACCUGGAAUGCGACGAGGUGCUUUUACAGCAGACCCUGUUUGAUGCCGUGGUGACAGCUCCAGUGGAGGCCUACUGGAACGCCCUGAUGCUUAAUGACAGGGUGGAGCCGGGCGUUGAGACGGCGUUUCUCGGAACGCGCUCUGGUCUCCUGAGGAUCAUGAGAUACGCAGGAGCGGAGGUCAGGGUGGCGAAGAAGUUCCUGACUCUGUCUGAUAAGGACAACCUGUUCACCAUUGAUCACUUCCCCCUGUGGUACCGCCUGGCAGUGGAAAACACCCCUGGAAAGUUCUACUACUAUCCUGUAAAUGACAAAGGAGUGAAGUACAUUGUCGCAACAACAGCAGUGACUGUGUCGUCUGGAGGGAAGACAGCCAUGGCCGGAGCUGUCGGGGUGCAGAUGUCCUUGGAUCUGCUGGAAAAAAGAUUUUGGGCCAUAGCCAAGCAGCCCAGUGACACAGACUGCUCAAACGUUGAAGGCGUGUGUCCGCUCAACUGUGAGAGCCCUGAUCUCAGCUGUUUUUUGGUCGACAACAAUGGCUUCAUCCUGCUGUCCAAAGAUCGGAAUGAGAUUGGCCGAUUCUUCGGUGCCAUUGACGGGUCCAUCAUGGCAUCACUAAUCAAGAUGGGGAUGUUUAAAAAAGUCUCUCUGUUCGACUACCAGGCCAUGUGUAGGAGCAGCCACCACCACAGCAGCAGUGCUCGACCGCUGUUCACUCCGUUCUACGUCAUGAUGGCUUUGAUGAGAUGGUUCCUGUCAAACGCUCUCAUGUUCCUGCUGGACUUUAACUUCUGUGGUCUCUGGCACUCAGACUAUUUUGUGAAUGCCAAAGCCGGCUAUCACACAUCUCAUAAGCAGAGGAAGGUGGAUGCGCUGCAGCCCUGUGACACUGCAUACCCCGGCUUCAUGUACGAUUCGUCCAUCAGAGAAACCAACAGCCUCAUCAAAUGUGGACGCUGCCAAAAGAUGUUCGUGGUGCAGCAGAUUCCUGACAGUAACUUGGUUCUCGUGGUGACGCAGGCUUCUUGUGACUGUUCCCGUCAGUAUGGACCAAUUGUUCUGGACCCCAAAGAGAUCAAAUAUAAUGCCACGGUGAAGUGCAACAGGAUGAAGUCUCAGAAGGUGCGACGGCGUCCAGAGUCCUGCCAUGCCUAUCACCCAAAGGAGGAUGCUACAGAGUGUGGCAGGGCGUCAACGCUCUGCAUGUCACUUUUGACUUUCACUGCCCCCCUGCUCAUCUCGUGGACCCUCCCCAGUUGGGCCUAAACCUGCACAGAGACAGCAGCACUCACAGGGUUUGGAGAUGCAUCCAAAACAGACAGGAGGCUUCACGAGGGAAGACUUCUCAGGUUUUCUUCAUGCCCACUGUCAGACUUCAUGGGGCUCAGUGGAUAUGGACUAUUUCUUCAUAAAUUAGAGGAACUGUCUCUGAGUCAAGGAGCAAAAUCAGGCAGAACCACAGCUGGAAAAAGCAGUUGUGCGUCUUAGACCGAGCUUGGUGCCAUCAGACUUGUACAAGAAUGUAGCAUCUUUAAUACAGAAAUGUGUGUGCAAGUACACUUUGAUUGUCAUGAUUAACCACUUUUGUAUGGAAGCGAUUCUGUAGCAUAAUUCAAAAUAAAAGUCAAUGCAGGAAAUGCUUUUUCAUUUUCAAAAUGAAGCUGCAUUUUUCGACUCAAAAUUAAAUUGAAAAAGCAAUCCGCCAAAAUUCUUUUCCCUUUUCUACUUCAACACCGCUUAUUCUGUCACUUAAUGAAAUGAUCAAUGAUAAAUGGUAGGGGCAGAGGAGAGGGCUUUGUGAUGGUCGUGCAUUCCUGAUGAUUGUACACAGCCCCAAGUUUCGACGAACCGCGAUGCGUCCGAAGGAAGACCGCAGAAGGCAGAAAUGCUGCUACGCAGUCCCGAGAAGAUGUGUACAAUCAUCAGAAGUUCACAGCCAUCACAAAGCCCU